CCCCCAACCCACCCCCUCGCGAUAUCCGCUUCCGAGCUUUACUUAUCUUGGCCAGUUAGAGCGGCUGAGGGUGGAGAUGAUCGCGGAGGGGGGUGGGGAGGCAAGUUGAAUCGCCUUGAAUCGCGCACCGAUACUCCCUAAACGUCCACGUCGGGACGAGGCGACGCUCCUCGGCGAGGCCCGCUCUUCUUUCCCGCAGAUUACCUUUUUUCAAUUCGAUUACGAAUUUUCUUCCUUCUUUCUUUCUUUCUUCCUCCCCUCUCUUCUCCUCGAAAAUUCCGCCAAAAUUCCAGCUACGGGAAAAAAAGGGGGGCAAGGGGUCUCCUCUUUCGUGUGCGCGCGCGGACGCCCCGACGUUUCGAAAAUACGUGCGAAGGACGGAAUUGUGAUUUUGGAAAUUUUGUACGGGGAGAGGGAGGAGGAGGAAGGAUCGAUCUUCGAGAUCUUCGUUGCGGCUUCGUUGCCGGAAGGAAGGCGAAGUGAGAACAGUUGUGUUGCGCGGAUGUGGAAAUUACGUGAAUUACGUGUGCUUCUUCUUGAAGAUUUAUCCGUCGAAGAAUAAGAACAUCUCUCCCUUCUCGCGGAUCGAUUGAAAGGAGAGGUAAUUGAUCUGUGGUUGUUGGUGCCAGAGAUUCAUAAGAAGAAAGUGUAAUCGAAGGAAAUUGGAAGUUUGUUCCUCGAGAUGCGUUUACCAAAGUUUCUCGAAAGGAUUCCAUAUAGAUAAAACAAGAAUCGAAUUUGGCGAGCUAUGUGAAAAGAAUCAUCCAGCCAAAGAGAGAAAAGAGGAGGAGAGAUUCGAGUUUCGUUUGCGUGAGCUAUGUAAGAGUUAGAAAUCUAGAAAGAAUCGGAAGUAAUAAUAUAUUUUCGCGAGAGAGAGAGAAGAUGCAGUCGACUUGCCAGCAACAGCAGGCCCAGCCAGGUCAGAACGGGACGUCGGCGAGCAGAACAUCGUUCUUGAUCGAGGACAUUCUGAGCCGUGGCACGCAGCCCCCGCAUUCCCAUCACCAGCUUCACCACCAACACCUCGCGCCCGGCCACGGGGUGCAGCAUCAACAAUACCAACAAUUCGCCAGUUUGCUGCCCGGCUACCCUUCCGCGCCACCCACGGCCACCUUCUUCCUCGGCCCGCUUUUCGGCAACACCGCGAUGGGGGUCGGAGUGGUGCCCGGUGUUACCGAACUCGCGGCCUUGAAGCACUGCCGCCGACGAAAGGCGAGAACAGUGUUCAGCGACCAACAAUUAGCGGGUUUGGAAGCUAGAUUCGAGGUGCAGAGGUAUCUGAGCACGCCUGAGAGGGUCGAGCUCGCGGCCGCUCUCCACCUGUCGGAGACCCAAGUGAAAACGUGGUUUCAAAACAGGCGGAUGAAGCAUAAGAAACAAUUGAGGAAAUUGAACACCAGCGCGGGAAGCAAUGGAAAUCAGAAUUCCAAUCAGCAGUGCACAGGCCAAUCGGUUUCCGUUACGUCACCCGCCGAACGGCCGGUGGAUUUUUCCCUGAGCGGCGGCCGGGAAUCACGGGCGAGCAGUGACGCGGCAGUGGACUCGGACGACGACGAGAUCGAUGUGCUGGGUGACGAGACGCCAUCGCCCACGCGAACGGCCAACAUCCACGUUUCCAGGCGCGCCGCCGGUUCGCCGACCGGUUUCCAUCAGAUCACUUAUCGUCACCAUUCCGUCACUUUGUCUCACCAACCACCCCAACAACCCAUUCAACGUGCUCAACAUCGCUGAAACGAAAUGGCGGAAAGACGAUGAUGAUGACGACGACGAUUUCGCCCUUUCGCGCAGGAAGUGGAGGAUCGAGAAGAGACUCGAGCAAGAGUGUUAUGAUUACGCGAAUCUUAUCUAUAGUUGAUCGGAUUCGUCGUUGUGCAAUCGAAAAAUUUGUGUUUAUUACGAGAAAUAGUGCAAUUUGGUGCGGUUUGACUAUUUAUAUUUUGUUUUCCUAUUAUAUUUAUUUAUUUUUCGUUUGUAAUUGUGAGACGAAGCGAGUUAAAGGAAGCAAGUAAUAAAACUGUGGAGAAUUAUCUCGUAAAAAAUAACAAAUGACACUUCAUAGUGAGUUCUAUGUUUAAUAAGAUAGGAUUAUAAGAGGAGAGAAACGUUUCUUCUUUCGAGAAAUCUUCGAGGGAUGGAGCGAGGUUUAAGUGCGAGGUUAAAGGACGCGUUUGUGAUGUUCACAACAAGUGUGUGAAGCUGUGUAAGAUAAAAAAAAAAAAGAAGAGGGAAAAAAGGGGAUAAGAACUCGAAAGGCGAGACGAUGUAGAAAGUGUAAACGACUUGUAAAUGAUUCUCUAGCGAUUUAGAGUCUAGUCGAUCUCUUGCGACACUUUUUAUAGCGAGAUGCCGUAAUAAAACUAGUCUGUUUUCGAGUUACUUUUUAUAGCGAAGUAGAAAGUUAGCUUCAAGUUGGGAUUAAAAUGUCAUAAUGUACGACACCGGAUUGUAUCACUUCUUCCCUUUCCUCAACUUUUAAACAACUAUUGUUUUCAAAUAGUAAAAAAUUUCUAUAUUUCGUUGAUGGGGCGCCCGUGUUCCAAAAUUUCUAAUAAAUAAUCUUACAUCCGA